AUGAAGAAACAAAAACGAUUCGAAGCUCCCUCAGCAAUCAAGCACUUUGCCUUCCUUUCAUCCAAAAGUCGCUUUUACGAAUCCAACAGCGCCAAUGCUUUAAAGGAAUCUAGUAAUGCGAUCGGGCCUAAUACUUAUAAUGCUGACAAGCUCGAUUUCAUUGAUAAACUCAACAAAAGACCAAGAAGUCAUAAAGGAUAUAUCAUCGGAGCUAGGACUGCAUCCAGGUUUCCUCGGAUAUCAAAAGACAAUAGUAUUGGACCUGGAGCUUACAGUUUCCCAGAAAUCAGCAUGAAAACUAAUUUCAAACCAUUCAAUUCAGCUGCAAAACGGUUCUCCUACGCAUUAGAAAGUACAACUCCAGGGACCGGGACCUACGAAUGCGAGUACAACCCUUGCAAACAUGUGCAGUAUCAGCAAUCAUUUGGCGGAAACCCAGUCAAUCUCCCGUGCAUUACUCAACAUAGUUCCAUUAAAAGCAACACUGAUAAAGUAAGGCUCUAA